AUGGCUUCGUCAAACACUCCUGGGUUUAAAUAUCUUAAAUUUUUUAAGCCUGACUUUCAUACUGAAAUUGCAAGCAUCUUAAAAGAUGAGCCAAUGUUAAAGGAUGUUAUAACUCUUGUUCUUCAAAAUCCAGAACGAGAAAGAGAAAUUUUAACCAUUCAUAAGGUUAAAGUUAUUCGAUAUAAUGAAAUUAAAGUUUUUAAUUUUGAAAAUGAGGCUGAUAAUAAGAAUGGAUGGCUUACUACUGAUAAAGGAACAGAAGCGAACGAAAAACUUAGUAAGAGUAAAAAGCAUUCUCAAAUGUUAGUCAUCUUGAGGCAUACUAUAUGGAUUCACCGGUUGAAUCCUCAGGCUUAUAACGCUGAGAUGCGACUCGGUACACUGAUAUUUAGACUUUUGGCAGCUGUAUCUGAACUACAAAAAUCAAAAUUUUUCAAUGCUGCGAUAAG